UCGUGGUUCUUAUAUAUGUGAGUAUUAAGAUGACAUAUAUCGUACCAGAUUAUUCACUGAACUACUGUUCCCUUGUGACUGAUGUAAAAAGCAAUAAUGAGGAUUGUACUACUAUGUGCCGUGCUCGUUGUCCUAGCAAAAGGUUCAACAUCAUCUAUCGUCAAAUCUCUUUCAUCCAGAGCCAGCCUGUACUACGGAUAUGUCACACCUGGUGACAGAUUGCUAAGCAGGUCGUACGUUCAGAAAGUAGCUGUCCCUCAUACAGUCCAGACACAGGACGUAACUUACCGUGGUAAUAUCACCACUAGGAUCAGUGCAAUACAAGUGGUGGAGAUUGGAUACACCCAAUGGGCGACUCCUUGGUUAAUAGCUGGGGGACUUGGUGGUAACAAUGUGACUGUAAGGAUACAAUCUGCUAGAGGCUAUGGGUAUUACUACGUAAUUGAUAUUUGGGGACGAUAGAUUUAAUAUACGGUGUAUUUUUUAAAAUGACCGAGAAUUAUUGAAUUAAAGA